CAAACCAGCUGGGCACUGAGAUUAAUUAAAAUCAGGUGGUUUCCUAAUUAGAAAUGGCUGCAAUCAGACAACUCGGUUCUAAGGCUCUUCAAUUGCCACUAAUUUGCAAGCAUUCCGGACCUAUCGUCCUUAUUCGAAAUGCCUCGAAAGAUGCCACUAAGCCAAUACUAUAUUCGUAUUGGACCAGUUCAUGUUCUUGGCGAGUUCGCAUAGCUCUGGCAUUGAAGGACAUAAAUUACGAUAUUAGAGCAACUUCCUUGCUUAAAAAGGACAGUGUUCAUGUCUACAACCCGGAUUUCUUGAAAGUAAAUCCCAUGCAAACGGUUCCAGCGUUAUACAUUGAUGGAAACACACUCUGCGAUUCGGUGGCCAUAAUGCAUUAUCUCGAAGAAACUCGCCCCCAGAAUGCAUAUUUGCCCAAAGAUCCUGUCAAGAGAGCCAAAGUCCGGGAAAUAGUGGAGCUCAUUUGUUCAGCCAUCCAGCCCCUGCAGAAUCGAUUGGUCCUGGAAACCAUUGGAGAGGAGAAAAAUAUGGACUGGGCUCGUCACUGGAUAUCGCGAGGAUUUAGGGGCCUGGAGAAGGUACUCGCCCAAUCGUCGGGAAAUUUCUGUGUGGGAGACGAGAUUUCCAUGGCAGAUGUUUGCCUUGUACCCCAGGUCUUUAAUGCCCUUCGGUACAAGACUGACAUGAGCCCUUAUCCAACGAUUGUUAGAUUGAAUGAAGACCUCCUUAAACUGGAAUCCUUUAAGGUUUCCCAUCCGCACGUACAACCCGACUGCCCUCCAAAGCUUGCUAAGAAGGCUUAA